AUGUUCAUCAAUAAAACAAAACAUUUUCUCCUUCGUCGACAAUCAGUUUGGAUUAUAUCUCAACUCAAAAAACGAGAUAGUUCAACAGCCUCAUCAUCAUCCACGAAACUAACAACAAGUUAUUAUCAUCAUGCAUCAUCACUUCCAUUUGUCUAUAAAACCAUAAGCCAAAGUUUUGAUGAAAUAACUGCUAAAUAUCCUAAUCAUGAGUGUUUUGUUUUCAAAAGUGAACAAAAACGAUAUACAUAUAAAUCAUUCAAAGAUGAAGUUGACAGUCUAGCUGCAUCGCUUCUUGAAUUAGGCUUCGAAAAAAAUGAUCGACUGGCUGUUUGGUUACCAAACACAUCAGAAAAUGUCGCUAUGACUUUUGCUGCAUCCAAAUUAGGUCUUAUCAAAGUUAAUAUCAAUCCAGCUUAUGUUGGACGUGAACUAGAAUAUUGUAUCAAUAAAGUGGGAUGCAAGGGUCUUAUUCUCUCACCAUCUGUGAAAAUAAUUGAAUCAUUGUCUAUCUUUCGGCGACUUGUACCAGAACUUGAUCAACAUUCUACAUCUCGAGAGCUCUCAUCACAAGUGUUACCUACGUUAAAACAUGUUAUUCUGACAGGCAAACAAUCAUUUACAUCAGGAACUCAUUCAUACAAUCAUUUGAUCGAACGUGGUGCACAAUUAUCACAUUCGAAAUUAAACGAACGACAAGCUUCGGUUAAUCCUGAUUCACCUGUGGUAAUAUUCUAUACAUCUGGUACAACAGGUCAACCAAAAGCAGCAACACUGACGAAUUUUGGUAUACUUAACUUAGUUCAUGCUCAAUGGGAACAUAUUGGUCAAUUUUUUACUCGUGUUUGUGUACCUAUUCCAAUGUUUCAUGCCUUCUCUGAAAUUGUUGGUAUCCUGAAUACUGCUGUAGCCAAAUGUAAAAUUAUUUUUCCAGCUAUUUUACCUGAUACAGUUUCAACAAUGCAAGCAAUUCAUGAAGAAAAAUGUACCGCUCUAAUUGGGGCACCAAUUAUCUUUCGUGAUAUACUAAAUCAUCCAGAUCGAAAGAAAUAUGAUUUUAGUUCAUUGACUUUUGGUGCAUUAGGAGCAAGUCCAAUGCAUCCUGACUUUUUGCGUCAACUCGAAAAGGAAAUUCCGAUUACGCGGGUUGCUCAAGGUUAUGGAUUGACAGAAAACUCUGCUUUUUUAACAGGUGGUAUGUGGGCCGGUGAUGAAGAUCCAAAACGUCGUCUUGGAUCAUUAGGACGAUGUAUGCAACGUUUAGAGGUUAAGGUUGUCGAUCGACAAGAGAAUACUGUGCCUAUUGGUGAACAAGGUGAAAUUUGGGCACGAGGUUAUCCAAUUAUGGUUGGAUAUUACAAUGAUCCAGAGAAGACCAAAGAAGCAAUCACACCAUCUGGCUGGUUUCGAACAGGUGAUGCAGCAAAAAUGGAUGAAGAUGGUUAUCUUUAUUUUGUUGGACGCCAGAAAGAAAUUAUCAUUCGUGGUGGUGUGAAUAUAUAUCCCACGGAGGUAGAAAAUACAAUAAAUGAGCAUCAAAGUGUUGCCGAAGCACAAGUGUUUUCUAUUCCUGAUGAACGUUAUGGUGAAGAGGUAUGUGCAUGGAUAAAACUGAAAGCAGAUGCACCUCCAUGUCAACCAGAUGAUAUAACAAAAUUUCUGACCGAUAAAUUGGCAUUUUUUAAGAUACCUAAACAUAUUCGAAUAGUUGAUAAAUUUAUCAUGACGCCAACAGGAAAAGUACAGAAAUUCAAGUUAUCGGAAGCAAUGGUCAAUGAACUCAAAGGAAGCAGUGGCAAAAAAUAA